AUGGCGACCAAGCAACCCGUCUCGUUCGACGCCAUCAUCCAGGCUGACCGUCAAAAAAAGAAGCAUGAGGAGCUCGCAAACCAACUCCUUGGAAAGAACCGCAGAUCAAGCGCGCCAGGCUCAGGCUCUGGCGCCGGCAAAAAAACGCAGAACAAAUUACAGAAUGCAAAGCCUGGAAACUUAGCAAGCAGGAUCGGAGUAACCAAGCGCUCUCCGUCAGCGACCGUGCAACCCACCACGAACAACAAUCGGACACGCGGCAAACCUGGCAAGAAGGAUCGCGUGAAUGCAGAUCAGGUCCGGGCAGCUUUCCAGACCGAGAACGGCCAAGGGAACGUGCGAUCAGGAAAUUUCGGGCUCAGCGGCCGUGGGGGCAACCUGAGCAUUAAGGGUGCCUCGGGACCAUUCUAUGUCGUCGGAAGGAACUUUGCGCCUGGGACAACAGCUGCCGACAUCCAGUCUGCUCUUGAGCCCAUAACAGGUCCCAUGCUCAGCUGCCAAAUAGUAGUAAGCCAGCCGAGCGUUGUUGCGGAAUUUGCAUAUGCAGAGAAGACGGCUGCAGAGCUGGUCGUUGCCAAUUUCCACAACCAGAGGGCUGACGGGAGACUGCUCACAAUGACCCUUAAAUCGCCGAAAGCCGCAUCCCACCACGAUCCCUUCACUGCACUCCGGGCACAAGCUGACCAGGAACGACUCCGAGCCCGUCGUGGCCCGGGCCAUGUGAAUGACCUCCUAGAUGAGGACCAAGGAAACUCGCAGACUGGACUCUACAGCGAUGAGAUGAUGGUUGAUGCGCCGGCGCGGAAUACCCCGAAGAACCAGAACCAACGGAGAUGGCGUCGUUGA